AUGGUCCCGGCACGAGGCUGCUGGCGAACGGGCGGCGCGCCGGGGAGAAGGCGCCACCCCGUGGCCAUACACGCCAAUGAGCGAAGCAGGAAGGUCUCUGCAGCCCUCCUGGGUCUGCUGCUGGCAGCAGCCACUUUUACCCCCCAGGGGCUCGCUGAGCCAGAUUCUGUUUCCAUUCCAAUCACCUGCUGCUUUAAUACAGUUAAGAGGAAGAUCUCCAUCCAGAGGCUGGAGAGCUACACAAGAAUCACCAGCACCAAGUGUCCCCAGGAAGCUGUGAUCUUCGAGACCAAACUGGGCAAGGCAGUCUGUGCUGACCCCACGGAGAAGUGGGUCCAGGAUUCCAUAAAGCGUCUGGACCAAACGUCUAAAACAUGAAGCCUUGAACCUUCAUACCAGGACUGAGAGAUGGAACCUGAAGAAAACCUUAUUUAUUAUCUCCAACUUUCCCCAUGUGCAGUGUGACGUUCUUAUUAUAAUUUCCUAACAGAAGUACUUUGUUUAAUAAUUUAAUGCACAAUAUUUCUUCAAUAAUAUUUAAUUAUAUUUAAGAUAGUGAUGCUUUGAUUGUAUCUGCCAUAAAUUCUAUUUUCAAAUGUAAAAUACGAAAUCCUGGUGAUGUGUUCAUAUUUUCUUUUUUCUGUGAGCUCAGUUAAGUUCAUGGCAAAAUGUCAUCAUUCUCCCUCCUGCCUGGCUGCGGUGUUACAAGGUCCUUACAUGGAUCGUCUGGGUGAAACUCCUCAGGGAAUCGCUGCUCUUCCAAGCCAAAUGUGUGAUUUCUACUGCUGUUGCUGAGGUUAAUAUUACAGUUUAUGAUUAUGU